AUGUCGGGAGUGAUCCAGCAGUUCCCGGUGGAGAGAGAGUACCAGAAGAAUCCCAGCAUCAGCUCCGAGGACAUAAAGAAGUUGAGGGACUGGAUGAAGACUCAGACACAUCUACCUGAACAAUACUGGACAGAUUUGGAUCUCAUAAUCGCCUACCACUGUUGUGAAUGUAGUACAGAGGUCACCAAACAGGUCAUUGACCUACACAUCUCCACAAGAACCUUGUUCAAAGAAAUUUUCCAGAAUCGAGUUAUUGAUAAAAGAAUUAUAGACACGCUCCAAAUUGGACUUUUUACUGCACUACCAACGCCGACUGUUCACGGCUACCGAGCGAUGUACUGCCGUCUUCUUGAUGGAGAUUACAGAAAGUACAACCUAUCUGAUAUGCUCAGGACCUUCAUGGCUGUCUUUGACCUGUGGCAGUAUGAAGAAGGAACCUGGCCAGGGUUUGUCCUGAUACUGGACAUGAAGCUGACCACAUUAAAUCAUCUCUCAAGGCUCGAUAUCAUGGCGGUAAAACAGACGCUCUACUUCCUACAGGAAUGCAUGCUGGUUAAGCUUAAAGAAGUACAUUUUACGAACGCUCCCUAUUUUAUGGACAAAGUAAUGAAUAUACUAAAACCUUUUAUGAAGAAUGAUUUGAUACAAAACAUUCAAAUACACAAGAGGGAUUCCGAGGAUUUGUACAAGUUUGUUCAUAAAGAAUCAUUGCCAAGGGAAUGCGGUGGGAAUUACAAGGAUUUGAACACUUUAAAAGACUAUGAAAUCCGUCGUCUACAAGACAACAAAGAAUUCUUCGUGAGAGAGAAUCUCCGUCGAGUGAACGAGUCUCUCCGACAGAACGGAAAGACCAAGACUGUUGAAGACGUGUUCGGCAUUCAAGGAAACUUCAAGAAGUUAGAUAUAGAUUAG